CAUGCACUGCUAAGUACAGAUACUGUAUUCACAGUUUUUGUUUUUCUUGUCAGCUACAACAACUCCAGCUCCAACAACACCCCAGACUACCACUGCAAAUGUUAUCCCACUAACAUUAAGCCCAGCGUUGUCUCUGGCAAUAGCUACAAUGACUGCUGUGCAAUCUACUGAAGAGAAACCACACCCACCGUUGAAUGUGUCAGUUGAUUCAAAGAGCUCUCGAGCAGUGGUUAUUUCCUGGAUUGCUGGUUUUGAUGGAAACAGCACAAUUCACAACUACACGGUGAAGAGAAGUCAAGAUAAUGAAGUGUUUGUAGAUGCUGUCUGUCAAGGAUCCCUGUCAGAUAGUUCCUGUGUGGUGUCCAAUACAAGUGCUUCUCUUGAAAACCUCUUACCUCGGACAACAUACUACUUUAAAGUGUUUGCAAGAAACAUGGUUGGCACUAGUGAUGGGAGCUCUGUAGUGAAUGCUACCAUAGAUGAAGAAGAACCCGAUGGUGCUCCACAAAAUGUGACAGGACAGAANCAUUCAAAUAUUGUAUUUUACAAUUCUUGA